AUGGACAUCCAGCAAGCAUCAGACGGAGGCUUGUUCCUCCUUGAAAGACAAUUAGAGGAAUACGGCAACCUCGAUACCAUACUUGAAGAUGUAGGCCAACUCACCGGGGUCACUUCGAACAAUGUGUUACUGUUCAUGGAGGAUGGACGAGAACUCAGAACUGAGAUACUUGAAGAAGCUUGGAAUACAGCUGGACCAAGUUCACCUUCGGCCGCUCAGAGAUUGAAGUUGUAUCUGUUCAAUAGGGAGACAUUCUGGUCAGAUGCUGAACAAUGGGCAGUCCAAUUUCAGGAGGAUAUCAUACUUCCUCCCCCAGUAGAUCCCAACCAAUCAGGUUCUCUUGCCCAUAUCCAACACCCCUUCCUCGUCGCACACGACCACCUAUCUCACCUCCAAUCCCUAUAUCAAGCACAAUCUCGCGCCCUCGAAAUCGCUUAUUCGAAUCUGUCUCACCAUCUUCAACCGCUAAUCAACGAAUUUCAGAAAUUCUCAGUCAGAGCAGAAAAGGAAUUGCAAACUGAAGAAACUUUGAUCAAAGGUGCCAAAGUCGAUAUGGCAUUGUUACCGAAGUUAUCUAUAAAUCCGGUCUUGCUGAGGAAGAAGAAGGAAGGUGAAGGUGAUGAAAGGAUAAAGACCCUAGGUGAUUUUGUGAAUAAAAGGAAGAUGGAACAAGUGAGAGAUAGCUGUAGGACUGCUCAUGAGGAGCAUGUCGAUAGGUAUAACACACUUGCUGGUCAGCUGGACGAGCUUGCUCUACAGUCUGAUGCGGAGAUGCGAGCAUUCACCGAACAGAGCGAAGCUGUUGGAAGGGAGUUUACAGAAGGUCUAGCUAGGUUGGAAGUGGCCAUAAGUCAGCUGAGCGAGUUGUUAGGUAGUGGUGCAGAAGAUGUUGCACAAGAUCUCGUAGAGCUAGACCAAGCAAUGAGAGACGAUCUGAUAGCAUUGACAGGAGUCAAGAAUGAAUUCACUCUCGAAAUUCAUCUGCAUCUCCGUCAAGUUGCCCAAUUUCAAUCACGUAUAACUCAGAUAAUCGGUCCUCUGGCAGCGCUAGAUGCAGAUCUAAGAGAUAAAGUCGCUUUCCCCCAUCUUCAUCGAUUACGUCAACUGCCUUUUGCUUAUGCGACUGUAGUAGCUGAAGUCGUUAGGCGGAAGGAGUAUUCAAGAUUAUUGCUCGAAUGGACAUUAAGGCUAUCCGAAGCUCUAACAAGGUUUACAUCGACGGAGAAAACUAGAAGAGAGCGAGUACAAGUCGAGAUGAUCAGUCAGCUACCUUUUGGUGUUGUAGGUCUGGAUGAAAAUGGUCCAAGAGUGGAUAUCUCGGUUACCACUGGAGCAGAAGGAUUAAGUGGUAUUAAAUUUGGUCAAGAAGAAAUUGAGAAGCUUGUACUCUGGGUCGACAGUCUGAAAAUAGAUGAUGAAGUCUGCUCUGCGUUGGAAGAGGGUGAUGAGAACUAUCUGGCAACUCUACAGGCUAGUAUAGAAAGCUUGAUAGGCAAAAUGGAUUUCACUAGUGAUGAAUUGGAUAGAAUGAUCGAGAGGUCGGUGCUCACUAAUCGAGAUAAACCUCGUUCAGCCAGCAACUCCCGAAUGACACUCAACCUAUCAACCCAACUACGAACGGUCAAUCAAGAGAAAGCAGAACAAGAGAAGCGACUACAUGAAAUGGAAGAAGCUCAUCAAGCUCGUUUACGGGAGUUGGAAGAUCAAUAUCAACAGCGCUUAGCAGUAUCUCAGACCCGACAAGCGGAGCUGCAAGAUGAGUUGGUGCGAUUCAGAACGGAUCUCAGUGAAGAGAUGUUAGCUAGACAGGCUUUAUCUGCGGAAUUAGAAGAAAGGUCUAGGGAACAAGAAGAGAAAUAUAGGGAACAGGAAGAUCAAUCUGACUUUAUUAAGGGAUUACAAGCUGAACUGAUACAAGAGAAAGAUAGAGCUACAGAUCUUGGUGUACGCUUACAAGAAGCUUUGUUAGAUGUGGAUGGUCUGAAGAGUGCCGAGCAGACUUUGAUAGCGCAAUUACAGGAAUUACAAGAGGAACGUACUCGGUCGUUACAAACUCUUGGCGAUGCUCAACUAACGGCUCAGAAUCUAGAAUCUCAACUUGCUGGCAUUAGAGCUGAACUCGAAGCGACAUCACAUCAAUUGGUUGAAGCUCAAGCCGAUCGAGAUCUAGCUUUGAGAAACCAGUCUGCAGAAGCUGAACGGAUGAUGAGAGAUCAUAUUGCCGAAACGGAUGGCGAUAGAGCUGUGUUAGAACACCAGAAUUUGACUUUAACCAAGCAACUAGAAGAUAAGAAAGUUGAGUUAGAAGAAAAAGUCAAUGCGAUCAAGAAUUCAGCUAUAAGACAGGUAGAUGGAUUGAAAGCUGAACUAAGUUUCACGAAAGCGCAGCUUAGGGAAGUACAGCGAAAGGAAACUGUUCUGAUUGACGAGUUAGCAAUGGCGAAGGAUAGUGCUAUGGCCAUAUCGCAGGAGAAAACAUAUCAAUCGGACGUAUCCAAAGAUUCUAUUGCGUUGGUAUCAAAGUACCACGAAACUUGUUCAAGGCUGUUAAACGCUAUUAACAACUCGACAACUAUCUCCGGAUCAAAUGGAGGUAUGCAAUCGCAAAUUGUCGGAGGAAAUAGUAUAUUGAAGAUCAAUCACUCAACUGCCAAUUUACCAUUAUCCAAUUUGAUAACUUCCAAUUCCAAUUCCAACAAUCAUAGCAAUAAAGAUGAAUUACGUGAAUCGGUAUUGAUUAGAUCGCUUGAGACUGCGCAAAACUUUGAUUUGGUCACAUUCUCAGAAGCUGUCACGAAGACUAUUGGGUUGGUGAAGAAAUGGUCGAAGAGCUGCAGACAGUUUAGAGAUUUGGCUAAGAACAAGAUAAGUUUCACAAACUUUGCUAAAGGAGACUUGGCCCUGUUCUUACCUACUCGAAAUGCUGCUGCUAGAUCGUGGGCUGCAUUCAACAUCUCUGCGCCUCAUAACUUUCUCAAAGUCACUGAUGCCAUGCAAGAGCAAAUCAAGACUCGCGAAUGGAUCAUUGCUAGGAUCGUCAAAACUGAUGAAGCUAUCGCCAGCGGAGGAGAUUCAACCGAUACCAACCCGUUCGGCUUAGCGGAUGGUUUACGAUAUUACACUCAUCACGUGGAAGAGUACAACCCGCAUGCCAUUCGACCAUCGAGAAGAUCGACCUCUGCUUCUUUACAUCCCAAUUCUGAGAAAGAUACGUCUAUCUCUCAAAUGCUCUCGUCAACUCAUCGUACGCCCGGUGUAGCGGAACCGAUCUCAGGAGUAGAUAUGAUCUCACCGACCAAAACACCCAGAGCUCGAGCUAGAUCCGGUAGUGGAUAUUUCCCACCUAUGAUGGCUGUUUCGGAGAAGGAGAAGGGAAGGGAGGAAAUAUCCGACUCACCUGAACCUGAAGAUGACAUGUCAACCGAAAAAAAAGAAAAUCAAAAUCGGAGUCAAUUUCGUGAUAAAGAUACAGCCGAUUCCACAGAGCAACCAAAAGGAAAGGAGGCUUCUGAAAGCUUGGAUCAAAGCAACACUGCUACGAUCGAGACAGGAAUAUCAACCUCGAUGUCAACACCUUUACCUCCCGUACCGACAUCCUCUCCAACCGUACCUAAACCUUCCUCGCAGCCUAUCCCACCACGUAAGACUCACAGCAGAUUACCCAGUAGAGGUACCACACCUGUAUCUCCUCCUCUUGGAUCUGGAUCCACACGUGAAAACUUCACACCGGGAUCGAUCGGUCGACCAAGUAGUGUAGCAUCCUCUUCGGCGGCAUCGUCAUACCCCAAGGGACUUACUUUUGGUCCCUCAAGUGGGAAAGGGGCAUUAGCUCCUGCUAUGGCUACUACCACUUCUACAGAUACUACUUCGUCAACUUCAGAAGAUAAGAUGAACGUUGCUGUAGUGAAGAGAAAAGAGAGCAAUACCCAUCUUAAUCUUAGUGGUAUAGGGGGAAGGGCGUUCUCUCCGGAUGGAAAUAGACCUUCUCCCCUUGGACCACUUGGUUUAGGUGAGGGAGAAAGAAGUGGGAGGGGUAAUAGGCCAUCUUUAGAAACAAGUGGAAUUGGAAGUGGGAGUACCAGUCCAAAUAAGGCAGGUUCGUCUUCAAACAUAGGAGGAGGGUUCAAUGCUUUAGGUACAGCUCCCACUGGUGGUACGUCGAGCUCAACGGCAAAUAAGUUGAUAAGAGGAUUUACUAUUGGACGUAAAUCAUCUCUGAAUAAGGGUGCUAUUCCAGAUAAUCAGGGAGACACCGAAGAAAAUAAUGGAAGAGAAGGGACAGGGACAGGGACAGUGAGGAAACCAUCCAUUGGAGGAAAGACUCAAACUCCAAGUGCGAUGGAUAUGUUGAAAAGAUUUGAAAGUGGAAGUAAUUUCUGA